AUGUCAUCUCUAGUUAUUGGACUUGAUAUUGGUGGCAGUCAUAUAACUGCAACUCUUGUCCGUGUUGAACAACCAUCAUCAUCAAAUCAAAAUAUAACUAUUGAACGAAAUGCAUUUUAUACACGUACAAUUGCUAAUAAUCUAGAUAAAGAUCCACGUUCGAUUGUUUCUAUUUGGAUCGAAUGUAUUGAGGAUCUUAUUCAUGAUUUUGUAAAUAAUUUUAAUGAAAAUGAUAAAAUUAUUGGUAUAGCUUGUGGUAUACCCGGUCCAAUGGAUUAUGAACGAGGUAUAAGUUAUAUUCAAUCUACGCAAUUAAAUAAAUGUGAUAAGUUUUUUGGUUUAAAUUUACGUUUAUCAAUGGAAGAUGGUCUUAGAAAUCUUAGCGAUCGUUGGAAACAUAUUCACCAUCCAAAAUAUUUUACACCCGCAACAUCACCACGUUCAAGUAUAAUUAAUCAAGAGGAGACACAUGAAUCGAUUUCAUUAACAAAAGAAAUUACAGAUUAUUGUGGUCUACAAGAUAAUGAAAUAGAUUCUCCAGAAAAAGACAAAGAAAACUUUCUUCCUAAUAGUGAAUUAAAUUUAUCAGAAAAAUCUUUAAUAAAUCAUAGUUUAACUCCAAAAAUCUGGACAAUUGUUAAGCAAUUAUCUGAAAUUCCAAUAUCAUUCUAUAAUGAUGCAGCUUGUUUUGCUAUUGGUGAAGCAAAUAGUAAGCAUAAUAAAGUUUAUAAACGUAUUCUUGCUUUAACACUUGGUACUGGUUUUGGUUCGACAUUUAUUGAUGAUGGUGAAAUUAUUUUAAAUCGUCAUGAUGUACCAUCUGGUGGAAUGCUUUGGAAUUAUCCAUAUAAAGAAAAUUCUAUAGCAGAUGAUUGCUUUUCUACACGUGGUUUAGUUAAGAUUUAUAAUAGAAUUUUACAAGAAGAAUUUAUCAAUGAACAACCAUCAUUAUCAUCAAAUAAAUUAAUUGAUGGUGAAAUUCUUGCUGAACAAGCAUUAAAUGGUGAUGAAAAUGCAAUAAAAGCUUUUCGAAUAUUUGCACGACUCUUAGGAGAAUUUUUAAUACCACAUAUUGAAAAAUUUCAUACUGAUCUUAUUAUUAUUGGUGGUGGUCUUGCUCAUUCUUAUCAUUUAAUUCGAGAUGAAAUUAGUAAAAUUCUUCAAGCAUCAUCAAAUAUUCCAAUAUGUUUUAGUCUUUCACAUGAAAAAUCAAUUUGUCUUGGUGCCGUUUAUCAACAAAUUCCACAAUUAUUUCAAACCGAAUCAAAAUGUUUUCGGCAAACUGAUCAAAAUCUUCUUCCAGUUAUAAAAACAUUGGAUACAAAUCAAUAUGAUCUCUAUCCAUGUCAUGAAAUUCCAAAAGGAAAUCAUAUUGGUAUUGGACAUAAACAAUUAAAUGAACAAUUAUUUAAUUUAAUUGAAGAAAAUCAUAUUUUAUUAAUCGAUGGAUUUGUUGGAACAUAUUUUAAUGAAUUUGCUUGUGAAUUAAAUAAAUAUUAUCAUGAACAAAUAAAGAAAACGGAAAAAUCAUCAUUAAUAUUUUAUGAUACACGAACAUUUCUACAAACUGAUUGCGAUAAGAAACGAAAAGCUUAUCUUAAAUAUUCAAAAUCAAUAUUUGGUAAAUUAGCAACGGAUUUAGAUUUUAAACAAGAUUUUAUAGAUUUAAAAAAAUUAGAUUAUUUAAAAAAUAAUCUUUCAUAUCCAUGUGUUAUUAUUGGACCUGGUGCUUCAUUUGUUGAUGAAAGUAAACCAUUGAUUUAUAUUGAUUUAACAAAAAAUGAACUUUAUUAUCGUAUUGCUGCACAAACAGCAUGUUCAUAUUUAAAACCAAAAGAAAGAAGUGUAGAAAAGUCUCAUUCAAAUGAUGAUUAUGAAUUAACAUCAGCAAUGUAUGAACAGAAAUGUCUUUAUUUUCUUGAUUAUCCCAUAUUUAAUAAAUUAAAACAACUACUUCUUUCUCGUAUAAAUAUUUUUAUUGAUGGUCAAAGACCAAAUUGUCCAACAUGGUUAGAUGGAAAUAUAUUUCGUCAAACACUUGAUUAUAUAGUUAAUAAACCAAUUCGUGUACGACCAUGGUUUGAACCAGGUCCAUGGGGUGGUCAAUGGCUUAAAUCUGUUUGUACAAAUCUAUCACAAUCUCCAAAAAAUUAUGCAUGGUCAUUUGAAAUGAUAACACCAGAAAAUGGAAUUAUUUUAUCAGAUGUAAAUCAUCAUCUUCUUGAAUUUUCUUGGGAUAUUUUCUAUGGGUCACAAGCUAGAAAAAUACUUGGAAAUGAUGAACAUUAUAAAUUAUUUGGUGAUUCCAAUGAUUUUCCUAUACGUUUUGAUUUUCUUGAUACGAUCGAUGGAGGAAAUUUAUCAAUACAAUGUCAUCCUAAUUUACAAUAUAUGCGUACGAAUUUUGGAGAAAAAAUAACUCAAGAUGAAACAUAUUAUAUACUUGAAACAAAACAACAUUGGAAUAAAGAAUGUAUCGAUGAUAAAAGUUCAUCAUCUCAUGUUUAUCUUGGUUUUCAGGAUAAUAUUGAUCCUGAAGAAUUUCAUCAAGCAUUAUUAUUAAGUCGUCAAGAAAAACAAGAAUUAAAUGUUUCGAAAUAUAUUCAAUGUAUUCCAUCAAAUAUUCAUGAUUUUUUUCUUAUACCGAAUGAAACAAUUCAUGCAUCUGGUCAUAAUCAAGUUGUACUUGAAAUAUCAGCUACACCUUAUAUAUAUACAUUUAAAUUAUAUGAUUGGUUACGAUUAGGUCUUGAUAAUCGUCUUCGCCCAUUAAAUAUUGAACAUGGAAUGAAAAAUUUAAAAUUUGAUCGACGUGGUGAACAACUUCGUUGUCAACCAAGAGUCAUUCAUUCGGAAUCAAAUCAAUACGAAGAACAACAUUUACCAACACAUGAUUUACAUUUCUAUGAUGUACAUCGUCUGAUUAUUCAAUCAAAUGAAUCCAUUGACAUAAUACGUUCAACAGAUAAUCGUUUUCAUUUAUGUAUGUUAGUUGAAGGUGAUGCAAUUGAAAUUGAAUAUGAAUUUAUGAAUAAUAAUCAAGAAAAACAACGAUAUAAUUAUAUUGAAACAUUUUUAAUUCCUGCAUCAAUAACUCAAUAUCGACUUCGGCCUAUUAUUAAAGAUCACAAUAAAAAACCUCAACAAUUUGUUUUACUUGUUGCUUUUCUCAAAACGAAUUGUGAAAAAUUACUUGAAUAA